AUGGGGUUGAGUGGUAAACCUGAUAGAAGCCGCAAGGUGAAGCAACAUCACCUUGUUACUUCGUUCAAUCCCAUCUACUCCAACGACCUGGUUAUCAGCCGCAUUUUGCCAAAGUCCCUCACUCCCCCUCAUACUGCUUUAUCACUAAAGAGAUAUCUCUGCAAGAUAGAAGGCUUGGCAGAACCAAACACAAGUUUAUUCGAGUUGCUGUCAAGUGAUGUCGCCAUAGCAGGUUCCACACGUCUCAAGUUGCAAGAUCAUCUUGGCAUAGGAGCAACAUCUAGCGAGCCAAUGGUUUUGGUGACCAAUAAGUUGAUUGAAAACCCUGACUCACACGAGAUGUGCUACAUAUAUUAUCACGUAUACGGUGAAGAGGGCAAGGUGAACUUGAGAGCGCCCUUUGACAAAAGGGAUAUUAGCUUGGGUUGCAUAGACACAUUAUCUAUUACGCCGCCGCGCACUGUGGCCUCUCUAAAGUCUCGCAUCGUGAACGUCGAAGGCACUUCAAAUCAAGAAAUUCAAUUGUUUGAGGACACCAAUGGUGAAGUCCUGAUGAACGACGCUGACCAUCUACCUCUCUUUUCAGAGACCUUCUCAGGCUGCCUUGAAGCUGACCCAUUGGCGGUCGUCUAUGUUUCAAAAACGCCAAGUUCGAGAUCAACCAUGACAAAGGCGAUUCGAGCAAAAUACGAUUGCAAUGUCACCACUUACAUGGCCGUAAACUCCUGUGGAAGGGAGGCCCUUGUGAUGGCAGCCAAUCUCCCCCCCAUCCAAUAG